CCUGCGGUUGACCGAGGCGGCCGUCUCUUGUCGAUGUCAUCGUCAGGCAUGCAUCAUGCAUCUAUGUGGAUGAUUCAACCUUGCUCUUCGCAGUAUGGCGACUGGUAACGUAUUUUGUUGCUCUGUGGCCCAUCGUUUCUCCUCGCAAUUCCACCCCCAAUAUGCAUUUAUUCACAUCAGCCCCUCCAGCCAACGAUUUCUGAUGGCAAGCAAUGUUAAGCUGACCGCAUUUCAGACUGAACAGCCCCUCCUCGGUCUUGGUCUACGCUGCUUCAGCAGCACCGUGUCGGGACAAAAUGGUACCGGGAGGGCCUCUGCCGCCGAUCACUCCCUACCCGCUAACCAUGCUGACGCGAGCAUUGGAGUGCGAUCUAGGCUGGACUUCUCCUGUUCGUCUUGUUUCCGGUACAAAACAGUGUUUGAACUAUUGCGUGGUAUGUUUGUGCUGAAGUUGUCUAGCUAUCAGAAGUUUGUUGAAAACAGUGAAAAGAUCAUGAGCAUGUCGCAGCGCAUCUUGGGGCAGCAGCUUUUUGGUGUGGCUGCCCAGUGCACGUUCUAUGGCCACUUCAUCGCAGGGAAUGGGGAGGCCCAGGCCAGGCGAUUGGUGGAGCGCUUUGAGGAGCUGGGCGUGGCCACCAUCUUGGCUGUCACAGCCGAGGAGGACGUGGGCGAGAGCGUUGGCAGAUACAAUGAGCCAAGAUAUGACCGGAAUGCCAACGGCUACUUAAAUUGCAUGGACCUCUCCCAGGAGGUGUCCAACAAGUUCAGGCCCAUCAGCCAGCUGAAAGUGACCUCGUUUUGCAAGGCCGAUGUCUUGGCUAGAAUGACAGAAUUACUUGAGGAAAAAGGUUUGUCAUAUGACAAUAACUCUUCCUUGAGUGUCAAGAAUCUUGCCCAGGGAUUAGACGGCAACAUGACUCCCAUCUCUGAUCUCAGUGAUGCUGAGAACCACCACCUGAGGCUGGUGUUGCAGAGACUCAGUGAUAUAGGCCAGCGAGCCGUCAAGAACCAUGCCCAGUUGCUUGUCGACGCAGAAAAGACCAACAUCAACCCAGGGAUAACACUGGUGUGUCUUGCCCUGAUGUUGAAAUUCAACAAGGAGGAACCUGUGAUAUGGAACACCUACCAGUGUUACCUGAAGAAAACAAGGGAUGAGGUGGAAAGUGACUUGAGGUGGUCCCAAAAGCGAGGCGUUUGCUUUGGGGUGAAAAUUGUCAGGGGUGCCUACAUGGAGGCGGAGAAGGGAUACGCAGCACAGCACCAGCUGGAAGACCCGAUCAAUCCCAGCUAUGAAGCGACCAGCGACAUGUAUGAUGGAGUGGUGGCUCUCAUGAUGGACCACAUAAGCCGAAACCCAGGCCGCUGCGGCAUGAUCGUCGCGACCCACAAUGAAGAGUCGGUGCUGAAAGCAGUGACAAAGAUGGAGGAGCUUCAGCUGUCGCCUACCUCUGGCGAUGUCAUCUUUGGUCAAGUCUAUGGCCUGUCUGACCGAAUCACUGUGGCACUCGGCAAAGCAGGCUACAUCACCUACAAGUCGGCGCCUUACGGCCCCGUGGACGAUGUCUUGCCAUACCUGGCCCGCCGAGCUCAGGAGAACCACUGCAUACUGCAGAGCACACGCCGCGAGCGAUCGCUGAUGAUGGAGGAGGUCAAGAUGAGGAUGAAGUUGCACUAGCACUGGCUCCUCCCCUGUAACGGCACUUUAAGUGCCAAUAGAGGCUUCACGUGGUUGCCAUUUUGCAGGGCAGUUUUUUGUUCCAUAGGGAAAUCUCCUUUGUGCAUACCCCGUGGAACAACAGCACUGGCCUACAAGAUGGCAGCCAUGCAAACCCUCAACAAGGAAACCACUGGCCAGUCUCUGUAGCCACUUUCGAUUGGCCACUGGCCAGUCUCUGUAGCCACUUUCGAUUGGCCACUGGCCAGUCUCUGUAGCCACUUUCGAUUGGCCGAUGAACUCCCAGAGCAUUUCAGCAACCUUAACCAGAAGCAUGUGUUGAGUUCAAAGCAAUUACCAGGAAUAUUUUUCAGGAGGCCCGCAAAAGUGCAGAACCAGAAAUGAUUACAUCAUCGACAGACAAAGUGCAAAAACACAGGUGACCUUGUUGAACGUCAUUUCAACUCCGUGUUCAGCAAGUUUCUUUCCAGUGCUGCUCUCUCACAUUCUCAAAGAAAGUACCUCUUUAAUUUUCAAAUAAAUUUUUGAAUGUGUAAUAUUGAAAAGAUGACAAAAAUAUGUGUACUUACUUUUUUCUUUUUUAACUGGCAUGUGUGGUGAGAAUAGUGACAUCACACAGGUGUGAACGAAAUCUGUGAUUCCCACGGACAAAGUUGUUAAGACAGCUCAGAUUUGCCCUAUUUUAUGCAAUUUUUCCAACAGGGCUAGCAGUACUUCCGAGCGUUAAGAGUAACGAAAAGUCCUAAAUAAACUACCUAACACCCAAAAAAACCUUUAAAAAAACUGAUAGAUGGUUUCACAGCAAAUAACAACUGGAACAGGUAUUCCAGGUAUUGAAAUUGAAGCUUCCUCUAGGCAGUAUUUGAAAGAGUCAAGAUUUUCACUAGAGUGGGGUCAAGUUUGAUUGUUUUCGUUUGCUUUAAAAAGUUGUACACAACUGUACACACACACACUAAGUUAAACCUAUGCAUGUGAUGCUUAAGAAAUAAGUUUUUAAUCUCAACCACCAGAUCUGCAGGACUCUAAAAGUUCAGGUACUUAAAGACGCCGAGUUACAAAAAGACGCCAAGUUACAAAAUGAUUGCACUUGAUUGAUAAAUUGUUACAAAAGAGCUAACAUGACUACCAGUGCCAGAAAAAAUUCCUUUCCAAAUUUACUUUUAAGAGAUCUUACAAAAAGUUAAUUAAUAUUUUUAUCCUGAUGUAGAACUGUAUAUAAUACAUAAGUGUGACAACAGGAUUUGCCGAAUAUUAAUUUUGAGUAAAGUGUGGAAAAGGGUGUACUUACGUACAGUGCACAUUAAUGAUCUUACAGCUUCAGAGUCCAGGUAAAA